UAGAGAAAGCAAAACAAUGUUGUCGAGUUUAUGCGUAAGGGUACAAGGAAUAUUUCGUGAAGUUUUAAACUGGCAUAGACAACAUUAAAUAGGUUUUCGUGUGUUUUUAAAUGAGUUCCGUUGAGUUUGUGCACAUUCUUGAUGUUUUUAGGGAACGAUAUGUAAUAUAACCUUACUCUGCUAUGUAUGGAACAGAGUCAUUACGGAGGACCCAUUUGAUUCCGUCGUAAAUAAGCUGCUGUUGUUUCAAUGACUGCUGUUGUCAUUUCUUUCGCCGCAAACGUUUGCAAACAAAAAUUGUUCCGCGAUUAUAUGGUAUAUCAGAGCGUUAAUGCGUUAUUUCUCCCCGUAAAAAUACGCCAAUGUGCAUGUUAAACUGCGCUUGUUUGAUCCCUUUCUUUAGAAGAUUGUAUUUUUUAGUAAGCAUUCGAUUUUCUCAACGAAUUGUUUAAAUACUUUUAAGAAGUAAUUCAUGAGGUGCAGAUCAAUCCGAUGGGUAUUUUUAUCAAAGGCUUGACUACAAAAAGGGAAAAGUAGAUUAUAUAUGUUACUCCAGUAGUGUUGACGCUUGGAUGGUAGUAAUGUUUGUGACACUUAAAGCCUGCUCAUAAUAAACUGCAACAUACUGUACGUUAGUCAGCUACAGUGCUUACAGAAUGUAUUGGACAGUACACUUAGAAGGUGGACCAAGACGAGUUAAUCAUGCAGCUGUUGUUGUUCUUGAUAAGAUUUACUCCUUUGGUGGUUACUGCACGGGGGAGAACUACCAGAGGAAGCGGCCAAUGGAUGUUCACAUUCUUAACACAGGUAACUACAGGUGGCACGCUUUACCUACACCAGAAUACAAUGAUGUGACAAAAAUCACUGUCCCAUAUCAGAGGUAUGGACACACAGCUGUUGAACAUGAGCAGAAGAUUUACAUAUGGGGUGGACGUAAUGAUGAAGCUGCGUGCAACAGAUUAUUCUGUUUUAAUCCAGAUAAUUUAACUUGGAGCAGUCCCAAAGUGAGUGGGAUGAUUCCUGCUGCAAGAGAUGGCCAUUCAGCUUGUGUAAUUAAUAAUCAAAUGUUUGUCUUUGGAGGCUUUGAGGAACAGAUGGACAGAUUUUCACAAGAUGUCUAUGCUUUAGACCUGCGCACAAUGGUGUGGAGAUACAUAAUAACUCAGGGUGACCCUCCAUCAUACAGAGAUUUCCAUUCGGCAAAUGCAAUAGAUGAUAGAAUGUAUAUAUUUGGUGGGCGAGGAGAUGUGUAUGGUCCUUACCAUUCACAAGAGGAACUAUAUUCAAACAGUAUAAUGUACCUGGAUACAGCUACUGGAGUGUGGCAUCAGCCUCGGACAACUGGGGAUAUACCUUUAGGCAGGAGGAGCCAUUCUGCAUUUGUAUACAAAAAUAGCCUGUAUGUGUUUGGUGGCUACAAUGGACUCUGUGAUGAGCACUUCAAUGACUUGUACCAGUUUUCUCCAGUGACCAACACUUGGACACUUAUGCAGACACUUGGGAAACCUCCAAGCAGGAGGAGGAGGCAGUCAUGUCUUGUUGUUGGAGACAGAGUUUUCUUAUUUGGUGGUACAAGUCCAUACCAGGGACAGAUGUCAUACCAAGUAAUUGAAGAUCUGUACAAUGAAGGCAUUGACUCAAAACUUAUGGAUCAUAAUGAUAUGCAUAUACUGGACUUUGCACCCUCACUACGAACACUCUGUGCUAUGAUUGUUAUUAAUAAUCAGUUGGACUACAGCAGCUUGCCAGAGGAGUUAAGGUGGGAACUGCGUGUAAUGGUGACACCAAACUCCAUAUCAAGACCUUUGAACAACACUGGCUGACAUAGGGUAACUUGUUCAUUAUGCUGUUAUAACUCGGUCAGUGUGGCUGAAUAGGGCAAGACUGUUCUGUUGUCAAGUUAUAAGUAUCAGAUUACUACUGAGAAUGUAAGUCUUGUGAAAUAAAUUGUGUGUGUGUGUGUGUGUGUGUGUGUGUGUGUGUGUGUGUGUGUGAGAGAGAGAGAGAGAGAGAGAGAGAGAGAGAGAGAGAGAGGUUUGGUGUGAGUUUAUGUUAGGUACAAAACUUGUGACAUAUUGUUGUUGUUUGAAAAGACUUGCUGACAUUGUAUGAAGAUACACUGUUGAAAUUGCAGCCACUACAUGAUGUGUCUCUUUAUACAUAAAUACGUGUCAUCAGGUUAUAUUGUUGAAUCUCUGAUGUUAUUGAUGUGAUGUGCAGUUGUAAUGCAGUUUUUGUGUGUAACUUUCAGUAAUUUGGGUGUACUCAUUUGAAUUUUCAGUUGACAUAAAUAAUGUUUAAUUCAUUUAGCAUAAUGUUGUUUUUGACCCAAAGAAAAUGUUUGAAACUUUUUUUUACUGUUAAACAAUUAUUAUUAGCUCUGUUAUGCUAUAAAGUCUAAAACGUGUACAGCUAAUAACUAAAUCACACUUAAUUCUUCAGUAUUUGGUUUAUAUAACUAUUAGCAGGAACAAAAUAUAUAUUGCUGAUGUGAAAAUCAGAUGUAAUUCACAUAAAAACUGUUUUUUAUUGUGUCCUUUCACUUUAACAAAUAGAUUGCAGUAGUGCAGAGUUUGUAUUAAGACUUUAUAAGGUACAACCUCAACCUCGGAAGAAAAUGUGAUAUUUAAAAGAAACAUAUAGCUCAGAAUUAAGUGAUCCUUCUUUAUGUAGAGACUAGAUAUGAACCUUCAAAUGGCAGAUAUCAAAAAUUCUGUUUAUCAUCAAUCACAAGAGAUAUUUUAAACGUUAAAAGUGCAGUGUAUGUGUGUGAGAUUUUUCUGUUUUAUUUCCAUUAUCUUUUGUUGCUGACUGGUUUGAAAUUUGAGAAAAGUUACUUCUAUUUUACUUCAUGUCAUUGCUUCAUACCAGCAUUCUCUUUAGUCACCUGCAUUAUACAGGUAUCUUUAAGAUGCCUGACAGGCUAGAAUGGUUUGCAUGAGACUGUGUAUGACAAAAAAUUAUAAUGUGUAUUUUGCUGAGAAACUCAAAUUGUUAGUCUCAAAAGAGAGAUUGUUUUUAUUUUGCUGCAAGGACUAUUUGCAAUCAUACUUAGUGGAAGAAUGGAAAAUUAUAUCAAUAGGGGAUGCAAAAAUUAAUACAGAUUGAACACAAGCUAUCUAUAUGAGAAGUGAAUAGAUGAUUAUUAAUAUACAUACUGUAAAGCAAGAAUCUCCAAACUUUUGUGUGUAAAAGUGAUUUUGACCGAUGAUUGAUACCAUAUAUAUAUUUUAUUCCUCUUGCUUUUGUAAGAAAGUGACUGACAGUUGCACAGUAUUGGUAGCCAUGAAAUUUGUAGAAAGACCUCUUGGGUGUUAGUUUGAUGAAAGUGAAUGUACAUGACUGCAUUCAGAAUGUGAUCAGUAGAGAAAACAUGUGUGAAACAAACAGAAUUCUCUCUCGGUGCACAUGUGUGUAUGAGAGAGAGAGAGAGAGAGAGAGAGAGAGAGAGAGAGAGAGAGAGAGAUAUGUGAAUGGUAUUUUCCUUUACAAAGUGCAGUAAUGACUUGAGACUUGUCAUCAUAAAUGUGAUACAUGGAAAUAAAGUAACUGAGGGUAAAAGUGACA